AUGGCUCUAAGUGGCAACUGCAGGACUUACCUUCCUCCUCGAGAGCAGGGCACGGGGCUGCACUCCUUCCCAGAGGUGGUGGAGCUAAAUGUGGGCGGCCAGGUUUACUUCACUCGCCACUCCACCUUAGUUGGCACCCCUCACUCCCUGCUGUGGAAAAUGUUCACCCCAAAGAGAGACACAGCCAACGACCUGGCCAAGGACUCCAAGGGAAGAUUCUUCAUCGACAGAGAUGGUUUCCUUUUCAGAUACAUUCUGGACUAUCUCAGGGACAAGCAAGUGGUUCUGCCUGACCACUUCCCAGAGAAGGGGAGGCUCAAGAGGGAGGCCGAGUACUUCCAGCUCCCAGACCUGGUCAAACUCCUGACUCCUGAUGACAGCAAGCAAAGCCCCGACGACUAUUGCCACAGUGACUAUGAAGAGGUGUCCCAGGGCAGUGACACCAGAAUAUGCCCACCCUCGUCGCUCCUGCCGCCCGACCGGAAGUGGGGGUUCAUCACCAUCGGCUACCGGGGGUCGUGCACCAUUGGCAGAGAGAGCCAAGCUGAUGCCAAAUUCAGGAGGGUCCCGAGGAUUUUGGUUUGUGGGAGGAUUGCUCUGGUCAAAGAGGUCUUUGGAGAGAGUUUGAACGAAAGCAGAGACCCUGACCGGGCUCCAGAAAGGUACACCUCCAGGUUUUAUCUCAAGUUCAAGCACCUGGAGAGGGCUUUUGACAUGUUGUCCGAGUGUGGAUUCCAUAUGGUGGCCUGCAACUCCUCGGUGACAGCUUCCUUUGUCAACCAGUACACAGAGGACAAGGUCUGGUCCAGCUACACUGAAUACGUCUUCUACCGUAAGUACGAGACAACCCAGUGGAACAUGCUGAUUUUGACUGAAUUUUGCACUUUAAAUAUUCUCAAAGCCAAAAACUCAGAGCAAAGCUUGAGUGAGCAAAAAGCAUGUCAUCAGAGAGCUUGGAAAAAG